CGGCGCCGAGCGUGCGCCCGGGAGUGGGAGGCCCUUGGCCGCGGCGUCGGCUGCCAGGCGCCGCACAGCCCGGCGGGGAGAUGGCUGCGGGGCCCGGGCUGCGGAGGAAGGGCGGCGCGGGGCUGGGGUCGCCCGUCCUGCGGCAGAGCCUGCGCCGGGCCUGGCAGGACAAGCGCCGGGUGCUGCUGGAGCCCCGCUACACGCCGCUGGUGGCCGCCUGCCUCUGCCUGGCGGAGGUGGGGGUCAAUCAGUGGGUCAUCCAGCGGGUGGCAUAUACAGAGAUUGACUGGAAAGCUUACAUGGAUGAGGUGGAGGGCGUUGUGAACGGGACCCUGGAUUACACCCAGCUGAAAGGAGACACUGGCCCCCUUGUUUAUCCAGCUGGCUUUGUUUAUAUCUUCCUGGGCCUGUACUAUGCCACUGGCCGUGGCACCAACAUCCGCCUGGCCCAGUACCUCUUUGCCGCCCUUUACCUCGCCACGCUGCUGCUGGUUUUCCGCAUCUACAGCCGGACCAAUAAGGUCCCUCCUUACGUUUUCUUCUUCAUGUGCUGUGCCUCCUACCGCAUCCACUCCAUCUUCGUCCUACGCCUCUUCAACGACCCCGUCGCCAUGGCAAUCCUUUUCUUGGCCGUCAACCUUUUCCUGGAGGACCACUGGUCUUGGGGCUGCUUCUGCUUCAGCCUUGCAGUGUCUGUGAAAAUGAAUAUCCUGCUCUUUGCACCGGCUCUCUUCUUCCUCCUGCUGCAGCGCUUUGGCCUGCUGGGCACCAUUCCUAAGCUCGCCAUCUGUGCCGUCUUGCAAGUGGUUCUGGGGUUGCCCUUCCUGGUUGUGAACCCUGUUGGGUACCUGACCCGUUCCUUCGAUCUGGGCCGUCAGUUCCUCUUCAAGUGGACAGUAAAUUGGCGGUUCUUGCCGGAGGAGGUUUUCCAGCACCGGGCAUUCCAUAUGGGGCUACUGAUGGCUCACCUGACUGUUCUGGGGCUUUUUGCACUAAAUAGGUGGCACAGAUCUGAGGAAAGCAUCUGGUCGAUUCUGAAGGGUCCAGCUGAGAAGAAAAGCCCCCCACGGCCUCUCUCAGCCAACCAGAUAGUCUUUGCUCUCUUCACGUCCAACUUCAUCGGCGUGUGCUUCAGCCGCUCCCUGCACUACCAAUUUUACGUGUGGUACUUUCACACUCUGCCCUACCUCCUGUGGUGCACACCUGCCAAGCAGCCUGCUCACCUGCUAAAGGUGCUGAUCCUAGGCUUGAUCGAGCUGUCCUGGAACACCUAUCCUUCAACAGUCUACAGUUCAGCCGCCCUCCAUCUGUGUCACGGUGUCAUCCUUACACAGCUCUGGUACGGCACAGCGUCCUCUCCAGCAACAGAGGAAGAAAGGCAACCAUCGAAAAAGGCUGAGUAAGAACUGGACAAGAACUGCCUUGCAAGCCAGUGAGAGGCCCAGGCAGAUAGGAUGGGUUUGGGUUGGACAUCGCUCUAGAAGAGCUACGGAUGGCCGUAUUCCUGUCCCUCCUGGAGCCUCUUGCUUAGAGCAGCCAUACCCCCUGGCCCCAAAGGGUCUUCCUGGAUGGGGUGCGGGGAAGGUGGUGGCGAGGAGAGUGCAGCCGACGUACUCUCUAGUAUUAAGGUGGAGCGGCUGGGUUCUGGGGCGAAGCCUCUUGCCUCUGUUUUGUGUGACAUUGCAGGAGUGUAUGCCAUAGAAUGAGGCCUAUUAAGAAUCACACCUUUAAAGGAAUUUGUAUCGGUUUAAUCAUAAGAAUGUGACUCGUUUCAUGAUGGGUGUUGGCAAAGAUUUAUACAUUUUACGAUUAGGGCUGCUUUAAGAAAUGAAUUAAGGCUCUUCCCCCUGUUUGCAGAGCAUGAGUGGAAUUGUAAGUGAACUAAAAUCUCUCUUCAAUAGAA